CUCUCAGCUUUUGCUUCUCAAAGCUUCACAGCUCCUCUGCUACUCUGCAACUCUCUCUCUCUCUCUCUCUCUCUCUCUACUCUCUACCCUCUCCCCUCUCCGUUGAAACCUAGGGUUUCUCUGUUGCUUUUGACCUCACCGAUUUCCUCGACCGCCGUGACCUUGUCUUAGUAGCCGUUAAAAGUACACAAUCGGUCUUUGAUCGCCGCUUUUCAUUUCUGGGAGGUGUUUCGCUGCAUUUGAUGGUUCUGAUGGAAGGAGGCUAGGGUUUUGAGAGCUCAGAAUGAUGGAGAACUCGUGGCGGACCAAAUGUAGUUCGACAUUGCAGUCAUCGGCACUGUCAAUGGCUUCCUCUUCAUCUCAGGAGCAUCGGAACCGGAUGGAGACCAAUACAGGUUAUUAUUCUUAUCCACAUGGCUCACAAGAUUUAAGACCCACAAUGAUUGGUAGGUUACAAGAUCCCCUACUUGCCAGCAAGCUGUAUUCAGGUUCCCAGAGAUCAGAACAUGCCAAUUCAGGAAAUUCUUUUCUAGCUCUUCUAUCUGGGUCACCAUCGGUAUUCCAGUGUGAUUUCCAAGAAUUAUCAAAUCCGAAACCUAUUGGUACAUCUUGUAAGAUUCUGCCCGAUAGUAAUAAUUUUAUAGUGAAUGGUAUUGGAAGUGCCAUUCCAGUGACAUCCAGUGGGGUAUUGUCAGAAAAUCUGAGUGGGCAAAACCUGCAAAGUGGAGCAGACUCUUGUACUAAGGUUUCAUCAAGGUCAGUGCCAAGUUCCAAUUGUGCGAGCAAUUCUGUUUUGCACGAUCUGCAGAGUUCAGACCUCGCCAAAGUAGUCACCCGUAACAUGGUUCUGGGGAGUGAGAAAGUAAAGGGUUCUUUUUCCUUGAGUGGGGAAUGGCGUGGUGUUAGCCCUGCACAUACUGGGAAGGCUUGUGGAGCAAAUAUUCAAAUUUCAAAAAAAUUGCCAGUGGAAGGAAACUUCGUUAUAUCUAACCAGGCAUCGAGUUUUAUGAAUGGUUGCCCUCGUGUUUUUUGCUCGACUACUAGUGGUUAUCUACUUCUCAGCAAUACAGGACUUGUUGGUAUUGUUUGCUCAUGCCAUCGUCUCCACAUGUCUGUCGUGAAAUUUUGCGAGCAUUCAGGAUUAUAUGGUGUCAACCCAGGGGAUGCUGUCCGUAUGGACAAUGGAGAGACCAUUGCCCAGUGGUGCAAGCUCUACUUCCUAAAUUCUGGGAUUAGGGUUCCGGGAGAUCGGAGUGAAUGGGACUGGCCUGAAGGAUUAUCAGCAACUGCCGGUUUGUUGAAAUCUGUGUCCAUGCCCAACGUAUCCAAUGACUUGUCUCAUAUGGUUCGUUCAUCUGGAGGUUCAGCAAGUUAUCAACAGUCUUUAGAUGGUGUUGCACUAUCAAAGAAACCUUUUACAAACCAAAAUUUUGUUGUUGGUGCUGUACAAAAUAAACAGCAAAGGAACAUUCAGGAUGGUAACACCAUUUUUCUCAAGGGUUUUACUGGCACGUCACAGAACAAUUUGCAUGGUAUAGCUGACAACCUGAUAUUGGAGCGCCCUAUGUCAAUGUCAAAAUUGGUUGGUAGUGGACUGCAAGAUGGUGGUCAGUCUGUUUCUGCUUACGUUGAAUCCAUGAAAAAUGGAAAUUCAUCUAUUAUCUACCCCGCCAUGAAAAUUGGAAAUUCAUCUAUUACCCACCCCUCUUUAAAGGAUCGAAGAAUCAUGGGUAAAGAGUCAAACUUUUGCAGAACUGUAAAUGCGAAGGAUGGUGCCUUCCGGGAUGCUGCAAUUUCAAAUAUUGAGCUGAGGCUUGGUCAACCAUACCAGUUGGGUCAAAGUUCAGGAAAUUCAAAUCUUCCGGCUGUAGGUCCACAGCUAUUGGACACACUUGUAAAUCCACUGAAGUCUCUAAUCCCCGAACAGAUGAUUCCUAACACCAAUUGCAGGGAAGAGAUGGAAUUUAGGCAAUCUCUUUAUUUUUCUGCUGUUCCAUCUCCCAGCACAAAGAGAGAUCACAAACAGUUAAACCGUGGAAAUAAUGCAUUUGUAAUUGGUAAUGCCAUAGAUGCUGCAAGAGUAGAGAAAUCCACUAGCAACCUGGGCCAGGAUUCUGUGAUUUCAUUUCUUACCAAUCUCAAUGUUCCACCUGAGGAUAAUACACGACCAAAAGCCAAUAAGUACAUAUGUAAUGUUGGUGAGCUUGCUAUGCAAAAUACACUACAUUAUGAACCUCAGUCUGCCAAGUAUGGCAUCGCUAAUGUCCCCAGGAAUGGAAGUAAUAGUGUAGACGGGCAAUUGGACAUGACUCAGUUGGGUUCCUAUAGACUGAUUGACAAGGAUAAGGCGGUGAGUUUUGUUAAUGACGACUCUAACCUUUCAAAGGAUUUAGGGUAUAGAAUUCACAAGGAGAUGGAGAUCUCAAGCUCUUUCAGUGGAUUGAGUGGAACAAGUGAUCCUCGUUUCUUAACGGCACAUAAAAAUAGCUGCUACUCACACAAGUUGUCUGGUGUAGCACCUGAUGGACCUGAUUCCAGAAAAUAUUCCAACUUUCCUGACAAGGUUCUUUCUUUUGGAAAUAGAGGACAAGUUGGUCAUGUUCACCAUCGACCCUUGGCUUCAUCAGUAGGAUCUGGCCUAAUUUUUCCAUCACAGACAGUCUCGAAAGGUAUUCCUCCUGUGAGUGCGUCAAUCUCUGUAUCAGAUCAGACACCUUCUUUGUCUAGAGAAAAUUUAAUUGAAGUAAGCGCUCAGUUGCCUGAUGAUAAUUCACGAUUGCUUGCACUGAGGGAAAUAAUGGAGUUAUCGAAGCAACACCAUGCAUUGCCUUCCCUUCCGAUGAACCGAGGGAAAGGGAUAUUUGAUUGCUCUUCUUAUAUGCAUAAUUCUCUUGUGGACACGUCAGCAUCUGGGAAGCAAGAGCAAAAACUUAUUCUUACCAGUAAAAAUGCUGUUUCUGAAGCUACCAUUAAAUCACACCAAUCAGGUGCUAGCUGUAGGAUUGGAAGUGAUGAAGGUUUUACUUCCCUGACUGGUGUUAACACCUGCUGUCAUUUCUCAACAUUGAAACAAGGAAAUGCAUUACAUUCUAAAGAAGUUGAUCUGAAACAUCAAUUUUCCUUUGUUCCUCUAUGUAAUGAGCAACCUUCACUGAGAAGUGGGAAGAACAUCAUUGAGCCUAGUGAGCAUGAAAGGUGCUGUCACAAAGUUCCCUAUGGUUAUUUUCGUGGAAGCUGCAGUUGUGCAGCCAGCAUAAACUGUUUAGGAAGGGAUUUUGAGUCACGAGUUGGAUGUUUUCCUGAUGCCUUUAAGGAACAAAUGGGAACAGUCAAUGGUGAAGCCUCCAUGAUGUUUGCUCCAAAAUUUGCUAACAACCAUAUAGUUCCAAAGGAUAAAACUACUUCCUUAGAUCCCAGGGGACAGGUUAAUGGGAAAAUACCCAAGAACGUCUGUCAUGCUUCACAGUGGAGAGAUGUUCCGAGUAAGGUCAAAGGGGUUUCUGAUGUGACACGUGUAGAUCGUUUAGCUAAUCUGUUUGAUGCGAGAAGACGAGAUAGUGAGCAGCUUGGGGAUAAUUAUGUUAAGCGCUUCAAUGGCACUGUGCAGAUGGUGGACUCCUCGAAAGAGCAUGAAAUUUAUAAUAAUUCUUCUGGAGGUUCUGCACCGGCUGUUACCCAGGCAUCAAUUGAGGUUAAUAAGAUGGACUCUUCAACUGUUGAUGCUGGGGAUACUGGAUGCGUAAGCAAUCUUAUUGUUGAUGAAGGAUCAGGCGUUGAUAAAUGCUGGUCAUCAGAUGAUGCACUUGAAAGUGAAAAGAGUGCUGAGCUUCUUACCUCUACUGGUAAUACCAGCUUGAGAAAAGUUGGCUCUUUUAAGAAUUUAAAUCAUCAAUCAUCCUGUAGUCUUCUUGACGAGCUUAAACUGUUAAAUUCUUUAACAUGGCUGAAAGGUCAAAAUAAACUCCCAGCUGGGCUUGCCCUUCAUGAAAAAGAUGAAUACCCCCAGAACUUUGAGAGAGGCUUGGAAGAUGGGAAGAAGAAGAGAGAAAUGGGUUCCGAGUCGUGUCCCACUUCAGGUCCUUAUACAGUACAAGAAGAAAACCCUGAAUGUAAUGACAGCGCACAGUUCCCCUCCUGUCCAUCAAAAAGUGUGAAGAUGCUCUUUCCAUUGAGGCAAUCCAAAACUCAUACCUUUGGGACCUGUGUUACUCAGCCCAGUUCCAAACCCAGACUGCCUAAAACGUGUUCGGCAAAGAAGCUUUCACGUAAAAGAGAUCUCCGCAGACUGUAUGAUGACAAUGACAGAGAGGUAAAUGGUGUUAACCAGACAGAACUAAAUGGGGGAACUGACAAUUGUGAAAUUUCCGAAGUUUCUGGGGGAAAGAAAUGUAAAAGGGAUUUCAGUUCUAAUGGUUUUAGUCUGUUCCUGACACAAGAAUCAGGUCAUGAAGGUGCUAGAAAAAGAAAGCACAAUUCUGUAGGUUUGAAAUCAUGUUCUAGUCAGCAGGUGAAUAUUUGUUAUAGGAAGGCAAGACCAAUAGUAUGUGGAAAAUAUGGUGAACUAGCUAAUGGAAAUUUGGAUGGAGACGUGCCAAAACCAGCAAAAGUUGUUCCUCUCAGCAGGGUGCUGAAUUCUGCCAGAAGGUGCACACUCCCUAAAAAUUGUAAUCCUAAAUCAACUUCCAUGAGGGAUUUGAAGAAGACAAGCCCCAAUCGGGCUGUUGUAUCCUCUGAUGUAUGCCAUAAUGAUUCCGGUUGUGGUAAAAUAAAUGAUACUCCCGUGGAAAAAAUGAAGAAAGAAUGCUCCCAUGGAGAUAAAAAAAAUCUUAAAGAGUUGACCAAGUUGGAGCAUUUGGGAGAUGAUCAAAGUGAAAAAGAUCAUAGUAAGCUAGGCGGUAUUGCCCAUGCUCAAUUGAAGCUGAAGUCUAAGGAAAUUCGCAAGCGCAGCAUUUAUGAGUUGACAGAUAACGGGAAGGAUCCCAGCUUUGAAAGUUCUUCCCUUUCAAAAAUUUCAAAUUGUCUGCCAGCAAAGAAAGAAGGGAAACUUCUAAAGACUGCUGAAGAUAGUAAGCUUGGAUUGUGCAAACUUAGUUCUAAAAGUUCUACUCUAGAGCACCGAUGCCAUUCUGAUUUGGAUUCAGAUGCAUUCUGCUGUGUUUGUGGUAGUUCAAACAAAGAUGAAAUCAAUAAUUUACUGACGUGUAGUCAAUGUUCUAUUAAAGUGCAUCAGGCUUGUUACGGUGUCUCAAAACUACCUAAAGGCCAUUGGUGUUGCAGGCCAUGCCGGACCAGUUCGAAAGAUAUUGUUUGCGUUCUAUGUGGUUAUGGUGGUGGUGCCAUGACUCAAGCACUCCGAAGUCGCACAGUUGUGAAAAGCCUUCUGAGAGCUUGGAAUGCUGAAACAGAAUGCAUGGCCAAGAACAAGCUUUCUUCUGUUAAAACUUUGCAAAAGGACUCAAGAGGGUUGCAUUGCUCUGGCUAUGGACAUCAGGAUAAUUCUUCCUUCUUUGUGCUCCAACGUGAAAACGAUCAGCCCUUGGUCUCAGCUGUCUGUAAGAUGGGUAUGUCCUACAAAUUUGAUGUCAUGCAUAACAGCAUUACAGUGGGAUUACUUCAUUCAGCAACUAAGCAGUGGGUUCAUAUGGUUUGUGGGCUUUGGACUCCUGGAACACGAUGCCCAAAUGUUGACACUAUGAGUGCUUUUGAUGUCUCUGGUGCACAUCCUAGAGCAGAUGUGGUUUGCUGUAUAUGUAAGCGGGCAGGUGGAUCAUGUAUACAGUGCAGAGUUGCAAAUUGUUCUGCUCAAUUUCACCCUUGGUGUGCUCAUCAGAAGGGUCUGUUGCAAAGUGAAGUUGAAGGUGUUGACAAUGAAAAUAUUGGUUUUUAUGGAAUAUGUGUGCUUCAUGCUACACACCCAAUGUGUGAAUCAGAUCAUGAUCCUGUUAACACUGAAGCUGGUUGCAUUGAGGAAGAAGAAUUAACAUGCGCUAGAACUGAGGGUUACAAGGGCCGUAAACGUGAUGGGUUCAGGCAUAAUUAUUGUGAUCAGUCAAAGGGCAAUGGUGGAUGCCUUGUUCCUCAGGAGCAGUUAAAUGCUUGGGUUCAUAUUAAUGGGCAGAAAUCAUCCACUCAGGGGCUUCCAAAACUGCCAGUAUCAGAUAUAGAGCAUGAUUGUCGGAAAGAAUAUGCACGCUAUAAGCAGGCAAAGUUUUGGAAGCAUCUUGUAGUGUACAAGUCUGGCAUACAUGCCCUUGGCCUUUACACGUCUCGGUUCAUUUCCCGCAGUGAAAUGGUUGUUGAGUAUGUUGGAGAGAUUGUGGGGCUACGUGUUGCCGAUAAAAGGGAAAAUGAAUACCAAUCUGGGAAAAAGCUUCAGUACAAGAGCGCUUGCUACUUCUUCAGGAUAGAUAAAGAGCAUAUUAUUGAUGCUACAUGCAAAGGAGGGAUUGCUCGUUUUGUUAACCAUUCAUGCGUGCCAAACUGCGUUGCCAAAGUGAUAUCUGUGAGGAAUGAGAAGAAGGUGGUAUUUUUUGCGGAGCGGGACAUAUUUCCUGGAGAAGAGAUAACAUAUGACUACCAUUUUAACCAUGAGGAUGAAGGUAAGAAGAUUCCAUGUUUUUGCAAUUCAAAGAAUUGCAGGCGCUACUUGAAUUGAGGCGGAUGCGUGUAAUUAAUAACUUUUGUUUGUUGUAAAUGUUACUGGAAAGACUAUCAAUUCAAAGAAUGACCUGCAGUUGUUUAUGACGGAAGUAAGGCGUAAAUGCAAAAUCCCUGUUGGCUG